GCGGCCAGAGCGAGGGCGGGAGCCGGGCCGGGGCCGGAGCCGGGGCUGAAGACGCGGUCGCGGCCAGAGAAGGGUGCGCGGCGUGUCGGGAGGCGAACAGCGGCCAAGGUUUGUCUACGGAUUUUGAGCAUCUGAAGCUGACCUCUGAAUUUAAGCAUUCCCUGCUGCUCCCUCACCCUUUGAAGAGAUGUCUGUCACUUAUGAUGAUUCCGUUGGAGUCGAAGUGUCCAGCGACAGCUUCUGGGAGGUCGGGAACUACAAGCGGACCGUGAAGCGGAUCGAGGAUGGCCACCGCCUGUGCAGCGACCUCAUGAACUGCCUGCACGAGCGGGCACGCAUCGAGAAGGCGUAUGCGCAGCAGCUCACCGAGUGGGCCCGGCGCUGGAGGCAGCUUGUGGACAAGGGGCCUCAGUACGGGACGGUGGAGAAGGCCUGGGUGGCCGUCAUGUCCGAGGCAGAGAAGGUGAGCGAGCUGCACCUGGAGGUGAAGGCCUCGCUGAUGAAUGAGGACUUCGAGAAGAUCAAGAACUGGCAGAAGGAGGCCUUUCACAAGCAAAUGAUGGGAGGUUUUAAGGAGACCAAAGAAGCCGAAGAUGGCUUUCGGAAGGCACAGAAGCCCUGGGCCAAGAAGCUGAAAGAGGUGGAAGCAGCAAAGAAAGCCUACCACGCGGCGUGCAAAGAGGAGAAGCUGGCAAUAUCACGAGAGACCAACAGCAAAGCGGACCCGUCCCUCAACCCUGAACAGCUUAAGAAAUUGCAAGACAAAGUAGAAAAAUGCAAGCAAGAUGUUCUUAAGACCAAAGAGAAGUACGAGAAAUCCCUGAAGGAGCUGGGCCAGGGCACACCGCAGUACAUGGAGGGCAUGGAGCAGGUGUUUGAGCAGUGCCAGCAGUUUGAGGAGAAGCGCCUGCGCUUCUUCCGGGAAGUUCUGCUGGAGGUUCAGAAGCACCUAGACCUGUCGAACGUGGCCAGCUACAAAAACAUUUACCGAGACCUGGAGCAGAGCAUCAAAGUUGCCGACGCGGUGGAGGACCUGAGGUGGUUCAGAGCCAACCACGGGCCAGGCAUGUCCAUGAACUGGCCACAGUUUGAGGAGUGGUCUGCAGACCUGAAUCGAACUCUCAGCCAGAGAGAGAAGAAGAAGACUGCUGAUGGUGUGACCCUGACGGGCAUCAACCAGACCGGGGACCAGGCUCUGCAGAACAAGCCCAGCAGCGACUUUAGUGUCCCGAGCAACAGCACACGGUCAGCGCAGUCACUGUCCAGCUACAACCCCUUCGAGGACGAGGACGACACGGGGAGCACCGUCAGUGAGAAGGAGGACAUUAAGGCCAAAAAUGUGAGCAGCUACGAGAAGACCCAGAGCUACCCCACGGACUGGUCAGACGAUGAGUCUAACAACCCGUUCUCCUCCACGGACGCCAACAGGGACUCAAAUCCAUUUGACGAGGACACACCCUCGGGGACGGAAGUGCGGGUCCGGGCCCUUUACGACUACGAAGGGCAGGAGCACGAUGAGCUGAGCUUCAAGGCUGGGGAUGAGCUGACCAAGAUAGAGGAUGAGGAUGAGCAGGGCUGGUGCAAGGGACGGUUGGACAACGGACAGGUUGGCCUGUACCCAGCGAAUUACGUCGAGGCGAUCCAGUGACGGGCUGGUGGGCUGGCUGGCGGAGGGGUGGAGGUGGAGGUCCCAGGGGCUCUGUUAGCCAUUGGCCCCGGGCUCUGGUGCCUCCAGCCAGCUGUGUGGGCAUCCACUCCUUUUCCUGCAAAAGAUGAUGGUUCCAUUGCUCUUGGCUUCAUGGUGUCUCUUGAAGGCAGACAAGCUGGUCCUUUUACCUGGGACUCGGCACCCUUUCCACAGUGCAAAUGGAGAGAUCUGAGCACAGGAAGAUGCAGUACAACAGAAAUCGCCGGGACCCUCCCCUGCCCCCGCUCCCCCACUCGCUGUGUGUUGGCUUAUCAUGGAUCUGUAUAUUCUUGACCUUGUCUUUCCUCCUCUCCUCCAAGUCCAUGGUAAUGGUGGGUUACACUGAUUCUGGUUCCACUGAUUACUUUCUCUGACGAGUCCCAUCACCUGCAACUUAGAUGAAUAAACUUACAUGCCAUUUUCUGAGGGAGGACUUUGAGGUUUUUAAUUUAAAGGCUGUGUACAGUUACUUUUUUAUAUACAUGUUCUUCCAUUCAUUUAUACUUAAAUUAUGGCAUAGAUGGAUGUA